AUGGAAGGUAAAAGAAAACCCUAUAAAAAACGCAAGGAUGGGUCUCAGAUGAAGGGUGUGCACUAUGACAAAAAACCGUACCAAUGUGAACAGUGUGGAAAGUUUUUUAAUUCCAGCAGUCAUUUAUCACGGCACCGUCGGACACAUAAUAAUGAGAAAUCGUAUUAUUGUGAAGUAUGUAAGAAAGGUUUCUCACGAAAGGAAUCCCUUACGAUACACACAAGGAAGCACACUGGCGAAAAACCUUUUCAAUGCCUAAUGUGUACGAUGUGUUUUUAUGCAAAGUAUCAUCUGAAAAUUCAUAUGGCUUCACAUACUGGUGAAAAACCAUAUCAGUGUACAUUCUGUGACAAACGUUUUGCUAUAAAAACUAGUUGCGCUAAUCACAUGAAGCUUCAUAGUGGUGAGAAACCGUUCCAGUGCGAAUGGUGUGAGAAACGAUUUUCUGACAAAUAUCAUCGAGCGCGCCAUGCAAUGGUGCAUACUGGCGAAAAGCCCUACCAGUGCGACCAGUGUGGGCGUCGUUUCUCCGUGAAAAGUCAAAUGACAAGACAUGUGAAGUCACAUGAUGGUAAUAUGGUAUCUACGUGCAACAAAUGUGGGAAAGGUUUCACACAAAAGAGUAAUCUGUAUAGUCAUAUGAGGACCCACACUGGGGAGAAACCUCAUCUUUGUGAGCAAUGUGGAAGAGCUUUUGCUCGUAAGAGUGCGUUGACUUUACAUGUGAGGCUACAUGGUAGCGAGAAACCUUUUCAAUGUAAACUAUGCGAUAAAAGCUUCAAACAAAAUGUUUAUCUGCAAACACACAUGAGGAUUCACACCGGUGAGAAACCAUUUCAGUGCGAUAUUUGCGGAAAAAACUUUAUUCAGCAAGGAAGUUUAAUCAUCCACAAGAGAACACACACUGGAGAGAAACCAUUUCAAUGUGACGUAUGUGACAAAAGUUUCAAUCAAAAGGGUAAUUUGGACAGUCACAAAACAAGACAUACUGGUGUGAAACACAAUCAGUGUGAUUAUUGUGGAGAAAUUUUCGCUAGAAAGAAUGAUCUGAAGAAACAUCGAAUGACACAUGCUGAUUUAUUUCAGUCAGUGCAAGUUAAAACAAAACUACAACUAAAAGUAGUAAAAUAG